AUUUUAUGCAAAACCAUUGGUAAAGUUGAUCACUCCAAUAGGGGAAAAGAAUAUGCAAAUUAUUGUUGAUUUUGCAGAAAGAGAGGAGAUGGAGGUCAUUUGUGGAGACACCCACUCAAUAAUGAUCAAUACAAACACAUAUGACUUACAAAAGGUGUUAGAGAUUGCAAAAAUUUUGAAGAGAGAAGUUAAUGAACAAUAUAAAUUGCUUGAA